CACUGAAUGUGUUAGCUCAGACCGACCACAUCCACCGGCUGGCUUUAACCAAUGUGAGUUGUUGUAUGUUCAGGGAUGUAAUCUGCUUGGAUUUGGAUUUGAACAAGGAUUGUUAUUUAAGUCUAAAUGUAGAAAAUCACCUUGAUGUCUUCUGUUUCAUUUGUUGGGUUCUACCACAGAGAAGCAUUCCUAGAAAUGUACCUGGUGUAUGUUAUGGUAAUAGACUGUUCUCUGUCCCCUGUAAGGUCAGGGUGUUGUGUUUACAUGAUGUCUCCUCUAUAGCCCACCUCUGAGGUUCUGACGUUCCAGGAUGACAUUCCCUAACUCUCUCUGUCUCUCCUCUAUAGCCCACCUCUAAGGUUCUGACGUUCCAGGAUGACAUUCCCUAACUCUCUCUGUCUCUCCUCUAUAGCCCACCUCUAAGGUUCUGACGUUCCAGGAUGACAUUCCCUAACUCUCUCUGUCUCUCCCCUAUAGCCCAUCUCUAAGGUUCUGACGUUCCAGGAUGACAUGAUAUUCCCUAACUCUCUCUGUCUCUCCCCAAUAGCCCACUUCUAAGGUUCUGACGUUCCAGGAUGACAUGAUAUUCCCUAACUCUCUCUGUCUCUCCCCAAUAGCCUACCUCUGAGGUUCUGGGUGAACGUGAUCAAGAACCCCCAGUUUGUGUUCGACAUCCACAAGAGCAGCAUCACGGACGCCUGUCUGUCUGUGGUGGCCCAGACCUUCAUGGACUCCUGCUCUACCUCAGAACACCGCCUGGGCAAGGACUCACCCUCCAACAAGCUGCUCUAUGCCAAGGACAUCCCCAGUUACAAGAGCUGGGUGGAGAGGUACUACUCAGACAUCAGUAAGAUGCCAGCCAUCAGUGACCAGGACAUGAAUGCGUACCUGGCAGAGCAGUCCCGGAUGCACAUUAACGAGUUCAACAGCAUGAGCUCCCUCAGUGAGAUCUACUCCUACGUGGGCAAAUACACAGAGGAGAUUGUUUGUGCGCUGGAGCAGGACGACGCCGCCAGGAAACAGAGACUUUCCUUCAAGCUGGAGCAGGUGGUGGCCUUCAUGAGCCUGGAGAGCUGAGGACCGCACUUCCCAGGGCGCACUGGGAGACCCGUCAGAAACCGAGCCGUGCCUGAGCAAAGACCUGUCCAUCUAUCUCUUCACCAUCGUCAUCAGCAUCAGAACUCCUCUCCGUUUCAAAGACAACACAUAUUGUCCUGUUUUCUUCCUCCUCUUCCUCUUCCUCCUCUUCCUGACAAGUGUUUGGCAUCUCAUCCGCUCAGCUUCAUAGGACGUGCAGAGAAGACUGGCUGACGGACUGACUGGAGGGUCGGCAGAGCUGGGGACUGCUUUUCCCACCGUGCAAUGGGAGGGCCUCAUCCCAGCUUUGCUGCGUAGAAGACUCUGAUGGAGGGGUGGUUGUUUGCCAGCUCGCCGUAUCGGCAUCAUUUACACCGUAAUGUUGGGGGAGAAACAAACAUUCUAUUUAUGUUGCCUUUAAAAAUAACACUGAUGACUAAGUCUUUUGCCACCACAAUGUUGGGGGUCAAUUUGUCCAGACUUUCUGAACAGGAUAUUAGUCUAUGAAACUACUACAGAGUCCAGUUAAUUGUAGUUAAUAGUCAACAUCACAUCAAACGUGGAAAAACUAAGUGGUAUUAUAUACAUGAGGAAACCAAAAUGACCACCUCGGAAGACAAAAAAACGGAAGGUUUGCCUGGUUCACACUUCUUAAGAUUGGGAAAUAGGCAAACUACAGAAUUGUUUUCUCAAUGUAGCUUUGAGGUGUAUUUGAAGAAACUCCGAUAGGGGCUGGGGAGAGGUAGUGCUUCUUGAAUUUUCCUUUUUUUCCGAAAACCUGACUGACUUUGAAAUCCAGAGAAGGACAGAUUCCCCUUUGUGGCAUUGGCACGAGUCUGUUCCCACCCACCCACCCCUCCAAGUACCUCUAACCCACCCACCCCUCCAAGUACCUCUAACCCACCCACCCCUCCAAGUACCUCUAACCCACCCACCCCUCCAAGUACCUCUAACACCCACCCACCCCUCCAAGUACCUCUAACACCCACCCACCCCUCCAAGUACCUCUAACCCACCCACCCCUCCAAGUACCUCUAACCCACCCACCCCUCCAAGUACCUCUAACCCACCCACCCCUCCAAGUACCUCUAACCCACCCACCCCUCCAAGUACCUCUAACCCACCCACCCCUCCAAGUACCUCUAACCAACCCACCCCUCCAAGUACCUCUAUAGAUAAAACAAUCCUCAUCUUCUGAAUCUCUGGCUUGUGUGGUACCUGCUCAAUUAUCCUGACUAUUAUAAGACUAAUUAGUGGAGGACAGACCCAGGUCUGUCUGGUCCUCCUCUGUGACGAGAAGCACACAUCCAACUCUUGACCACAGUGACCUGACAGCUCUGACACCUGGAACGGUCAGUCUGUCCCGUGUGUGCUGCUAACAGAUGGAGGUCACUCGCCGGUCUAUCAAAGCACACACACAAACAGAUACACACGGCAGCUGUCCAAGACCUGUUCUGAGGGGAACUCUACUCCUGAUUCACCCUCUGAUCACACUGUCUGAAUACUAGGGGAGCUGACUGACAUCUACUGAGAGGAGGAGAGGGACGCUUCACUAGAGCAGUCUUACCAUGGGCCCAUGCUUUCUACAUGACAGAGACGGUGCGGUACUGCUUAAAUGGGAUCUGCUCUGCUGAGAGAGAGAGACCUUCUGUAAAGACUUGGGACGGGGGGAAUCAAUUGAUGGACAUAACUGGUCAGCCGAAAAACCAAAGGAGCUUGACAUUUUAAAAAGACAAAAAAAGUUAUUUAAAAACAAUGUAUUUAAAGGAAAUGACACGGGAAAAGGAUUUGGUGAAAGAAAAACCCACCCCACAACAACAACUUAACCCUGUGUGAUUUUCUGACCUCAGUGUGCCGAAGGGGGAACCGCGGACGAGUCCCGCCCUCCUCCUCGCCGUCCCGGUUUCUUCCGUGUUUGGCACACCGUUUUUCUUCCCUCUUUGUCCGGUUUUCCACGUCAGUUUUUUUGCACAAGUGUGGAGACAGCUUCCAUGCGGGAAUCUCUGAGCGCUCUGGGUCGCUCAUGUUGUGUGUUAGUGUAGUCGUCCUCCGCAGCCUCUCCAAGCCUCAAAAAGCUGAAACUAGAGUGAGAAAAACAAGUCAGCGUCACAUAGACGCCCGGACACGGACAUGAACAGACUUGUGGAAUGUGAUAACCUGGAUGGGAGAGAGAGAGAGAGAUGGAGAAACACUCCUUUCCUUUAGACCUCUGACCUUUCUUUUGCCUUGACAACGUGCCCCAUGUGGUGAUGUGAAUGUGUGGAGACCGCCCUCGGUCCACCUUCGGUCCUUAUUGGCUUUUUAAGCGCAUGUAAAACUUCAAUUUAAAACAAAAAAAAGAGGAAAAUAGAGAAAAUAAGCCUUGCAAAUGAUGAUGUGGAUGUGUUCUUUUCUUUAUUUUGCUUGGAAGAAAAAUGUGAGGGAAAAAAGUGUAUUGUUCAUGUUAAAACUAUAAGUAACCGUGAAGGUGGAACCUUUACCUCCCGUUCAGCCCAUGCAAACCUCUCAUUACCAUGUCUUGUGAAAGUGUUAGACGCUAAUAGGAAUAAAGUGGUACCUUAAAAUCCAAUAUAUUAUAUACCCUUGCAUGCUGACCUAUUUGGAUGUUAUGAAACGGAACUGCCUUGCAAUCAAAUAUAUUUAUCUACUGCUACUAGGAAACCUUUAAACGGUUCACAAACAAAAGGGUUAUUUUGAAUUGUCAUGGACUGAUGUAGAACAAUAACUCAUGACUAAGUGUGAAUUCAUUCAGUCCUUUUGCUUAGUCCUUCCAGAGUAGAUCAUCCUCUAACACUCAUCCAUAUACAUGUUCCAUUAGUUAGGGACUUCAGUCCUUUUGCUUAGUCCUUCCAGAGUAGAUCAUCCUCUAACACUCAUCCAUAUACAUGUUCCAUUAGUUAGGGACUUCGUCAGUUCCAGAACCCUCAGCUUUUGGAUCUGGUAGACUAAUUCUGCAGUGAGCUUCUUGCUCUUUUCUUGGCUGCUAUUGCUUCUCUAGUGUAUGUCUGUGUUUCAUCCGGAAACUAUCUCCCCUAGCCUAUAACCUUAUCUUUUGGAUUCUAUUAUUUUAUCAUUCAAAAAAACGACAUUUAUUUUUGUAAACCUGACUGGCUGCAAAGCUACCUUGUAAGCGUCUUAUUGCAGCACCUGUUACUAUAGUUGUGGAUGUGUUCUUUAGAUUCUGUUUGGACAGUUGUUUGAUCUGAAGAGCUCAGUGCGUAGGGAACUAGCAUUAGGAGGGCUUUCGGGGUUCAAUCAAAAGGUUUGCUCAUACAAAACCCAUGUAUCGCACAACAUGCCUCACUAUUGGAAUCCUUAUGGUCUUAUGGGGGGUGUACAAUACAUUCAAGUCAAUCACUUGUCUGGUAGUAUCUGCUGUCCUUCGAUUCUACUGCUACAUCUAAAGGUGUUCUGCACAAAUUUACUGAAAAGAUACUGGUGGUUUUAACUUUUAAAAAACUCUCCUUUGGACAAUUUCAAACGAUUAAACGUCUCUUGAUGAACUCAUCAAAGAGAAACAGGUGUCUGGAAGCUUCAAUAACCAGACUAGCUCUGACCCUGAAAGCUUCUGAUUUACUUAGUUGAUUGUGUUUUGUAAAGUGUGUUUUAUUUCCGUCACACCAUCGCUGUCUAAUGUAGGAACCACAUCUAAUUCAUCCUCAACUGAACUGUCUAAAGGGGUGAGUUCUGUCAGUGGUUGGUAUUCAGGUUCGAGGGGGUACAUUCAUGAACAGUGCGUUCUCUGGACGUUCUACACUGCCAACAUGUUCAAACUGUUCACAAAGCUUGUAAUCAAAUAAACAAUAAGACAGAACUGAAAGGAAUCUACUCUAUUAAUUCAGUCUGAUGGAAAAUCCCAGGUAAAACAGUUUGGAAAUAAGACUGAACUUGGCAGGGACCUCAACGUUUAGGGGCCCUUGUUAGGUUUAGAGACUGUAAAUUGACCCACUAUUACCCAUGUAUUCUAUUCUCUAGCUACCCAAAGCUUCCUCCUCUCUAAGUCCAUUGUUUUUAUUUGGUGAAGAGAAUGAAUGUCCUAGAAUCUCGUAGUGAAUCUGCCCCCUGGUGUUGUAACAUACGGUGUUUCCAUUUUCCCCCAUGUUCCCCGGCGACAAAGCUCGUCUGAGACUACGGACCCCUUUGUUGCCGAGGGACUCGAUAAAGCUUCCACCUUCAACGUUUUGUAGGAACUAAAGAUAGGUCCUUCUAGAGCUCAGUGUUAUAGCAGGUGUUACAGAAACAGUAGAAAUACUUUUACUAUUACCAUAUUUGCUGAGAGAUAAAGAGUAUCCUAUCAAGAGAUGAAACUAAACCUGGGGGAAAAGGCCAGCUUCUCUAACUUUGCUAUAAUUAAUUGUAUACCUGUGUAUGUAAAUAUAAUGCAUUCCUAUUUUGCAGUCAAGAACAAAAUACUAUUUGUAAUAUAGAAUAAACUUUAUUAUGAAACAAA